CAGUCCCGGCCGUUGGGCGCGCGCUGGGCGGACGUUGGGCAGCAGGCGCUAUGGCGGCGACCCUGGCCCCGCGGUCGCAGGUCCGGCUUCUCCGAACGUACGGCGGCCUGGGUGGCGGCGGCGGCGGCGGGAGAAGGCGACGGGGCCUCGGGCGCGGGGCGCGGUCCCGGGUGGCAGCGGCGCCCUGGUUCUCCCCGCCCCGCGAGCGCCGGCGUCUCUUCUCCAGCAGCAGCGGCAGUGGCCUGAGCGCCGGCAGUCCUGGCUGCGAGCCCGCCAGCGGCUGCAGCAGCCCCACCUCCGCGCCGGAGUCGGACCCCGACUUCGAGCCGGGGCCCGCUUGGGGCGACCCGGGGGCGAGCCGGCAGGGGCGACGGCGGCGGCUGCGGCUGCGGGCCAAGGCGCCCCGCGAGGACCUGGAGGAGGAAGAAGAGGAGGCAGCGGAGGCCGCUGCGGCCAAGGAGAACCGGCCGCACCCCUUUGUGACCGAGCGGUCGUGGAAACUCCGCUCGCGGGGCCGGCGGCCUGGCCCCCCGCUGUGCAGCACCCCGGGCCAGGGCCCGGAGGAGAAGGAGCCGGAGCCGGAGCCCCGCCCUGGCCUCCACAGCCCCAGCAGCUGCCUGGUCAGGAGCGUCCUGGCCGACCUCAGCCCCGUUCGUAAUCUCAGCCCCGCUCCAGCUGGCCUGGGCACCAGCGCCUCCCUCUUCAGCCCCGCCCCAGCCCCGGCCAGGAGGCGCCCCCGCAGGAGGGCAGCCCGGCUCCCCCGGGACCAGGAGCGGCCCCGCAGGGCGCCCCCUGACACCAUCGCCCGCAAGGCGUGCAUCAGUGGCUGCAGCUCCGCCCGCUGGGCAGGGGCUGGACCUAGGCGCUUCCGGGCCCGGGCCUCACUGUCCUUCCACAAGAGGAAGGUGGUGGCCGAGCUGCAGCCCCCUGGCACACCGGACAGCAGCUUCGUGCUCUUGGAUGCCCCUGGCACCCCAGGCAGCGCCCCCUGGCACUCCUCUUCCCUGUACCUGCUGACUCCCAACCCCGCCCUGCCAGCAGCUGCCUUGGCCCCCAGCCCUGCCCAGGACUCGGUGCUGUCCGAUGCAGACAAGGUUUACCAGGAGUGCCAGCAGGAGGGCCCGCUGGCCUUCGACCUCUACUUGGCCCCCCACCGGAUCCAAAGCUGCGAAAAGAUCGGGGAGGGCGUGUUUGGGGAGGUGUUCCGGGCUGUGUUGGCCGGCCGCACCACAGCUCUGAAGGUUAUCGCCAUUGAGGGCGCCCAGCUGGUGAACGGAAGCCCCCAGAAAUCCUUCGGGGAGAUCCUGGCCGAGAUCAUCAUCUCCAAAGAGCUGAGCCUCCUGGCCGAGGAGCCCCUCCACCGCACCGAGGGCUUCAUUGCUCUGUAUGCCUCCCGCUGUGUGCGGGGCUCCUACCCAGACCUGCUGCUCCAGGCUUGGGACGCCUUCCACCGCCUGCGGGGCUCCGACAACGAGCGCCCCGACUUCUUUGGCAAUGAGCAGCUCUACGUGGUGCUCGAGUUCGAGUUCGGGGGUGUCGACCUGGAGCACAUGCGCAAGCAGCUGCCCUCUGUAGCGGCGGCCAAGAGCCUGCUGCACCAGGUCACUGCGGCACUGGCCGUCGCCGAGGCCGCCCUCCACUUCGAGCAUCGGGACUUGCACUGGGGCAACGUGCUGGUCAAGAGGACGAGCGCCAAGGAGCUGGGCUACACGCUCAAUGGCCAGGCAGCCACCAUCGCCACCCACGGCAUCCACGUGAACAUCAUAGACUACACGCUGUCCCGGCUGGAGAAGGAUGGCCUGGUGGUCUUCUGUGACAUUUCCCAGGAGCAGGAGCUCUUCCAGGGGGAGGGGGACUACCAGUUUGACAUCUAUAGACUCAUGAAGAAGCGCACCCGCAACCGCUGGGCCCAUUACGAGCCCUACAGCAACGUGCUCUGGCUCCACUACCUGGCCGACAAGCUUCUGAGGGAGACGACCUUUAAGAGGAAAGCCAGCUCUGCAGCCAUGCGGCAGGUCAAGCGGCAGAUCGAGGCCUUCUACCAGUCCGUGCUGGCCUUCGACUCGGCCACAGAGCUGCUGCACAAGCACAGCCUGUUCCGGUGACAGCCGAACUCCUGGGCACCGGCCUGAGCCAGAAAAGCGUCUGGAGAGAACUUCAGCUGGGACACGCACACGCUGAUGGCCGUUUUGGGUCCCUCCUCGGCCUCGGGACGACUAAACUCUUGGAGGAAUCCCUUCUAUAAAUGCUUAUUUCCUACAUUUUCAGUCCUGAUCUUUGAGGCACUUAAAGCACCCAGCAGAUUGGCAUAGGUAGGUGAGAAAGGAGGCUGCCAGGGCCCCCGGGGCAGGUGGAAGGGUGGGGUAGGGUAGGUGAUGCCAGGGACGGGGACAAAGGCAGGAGCAGGUCCCAGGACAGCCCUAGCCCCAAAGCAGAGGAAGCCCGAGACACCUGGGGCAGGGCCACCAGUUUCCAAAGGCGAACAAAAACUGCCCCCAAAUAUUAGAACCUUGGAUUCAGUCCCUCGUGUUUUCCUGGGUGCCACGUGGCCCCUCGUCCGAAUGUCCGGCUCUUUCUCUAGCCCACGUUGAGGCUCCCACCCCCAGCCAGAAUGGCCCUCCUGGAAGUGUCAAGUGGGUACCUGCAUCGCCGUGAUGUUCUUUAGCUUCAGGAUGUCUCGGCCUUGCCUUUUGGCCGGCACACAGAUCCGUAGCUCCAGCUCGGCUCCAAAGGGGUUUUCCCCACGGACCUGCCAAGCAAACAGAGAAGAGAGGCUCGGGCCCGUGCAGUCAGCGGUUGGGCCGACGCGGUCCGUGGACACCUACGUUAAACUGGAGUUCCUGGUGCUCCCAGAGCCUCGGGCGCGUGUCCACAUACAUCACUGGGGGUCUGCAGGGGACACAGAGGUCGCGGUCAGAGAGCCGAGCUCUAAAUGAACUUGGCCUCCUGCGCCAAACCCAUCUUUCUCCAGUCAACAAGUCAGGACUUGGGGCUUCUGGGAUCCCCAGGGGCUAUGAGUUCGAGGAACAGCCAGAAGGAGGAAGGGCGAGCCUCCAGGUCCAGCUAAAACGUUGGCCCUUUGGGAGGCUCACCUCGGUCAUUUCUAAGAGUGGGCCCGUUUCUGCUCUGCCAGCCUGGUCCCCUGACUGCCGUCUCCCUGCCAGUGCCCGCAGCCCCACUUACUUGUCGAGAACCACCGCCAGGGCAUGUUUGACCCGCAGCUCCAGCCUCUCACUCAGCGGGGGCUGACCAUUGGCACUAAGAAAGGGAAGGCCUCAGGCGAAGGGGCAGCUGGCAGGACUUCCCUGUGAGCAGACAGGGGCGCUCCCCCCCCCCCCCAUUUUAGGCAGGGAAGGAAGGGGUGCGACCCCCAGAGGAGGGCCUGCUAAGGAGUCUUCUAAAAGGCCUGGAGAGCUCCUGGCGGGCACCAGCACCCUCUUGAGGCCCGCGGGGGGAAGUGCCGAAUCCAGGACAACCAGGGAGCUGGCGAAAGGAGCGGGCCGGCCUCAGCCCGACGGUGGCCCCGGCCCGCACUUACUUGGUGACCAGAAUGGCAAUUUCUGCGGUGUCGUUGGGGAAUUUUCUUUCGUCUAGUUGCCAAGUUAUUGAAAAGUUGACCUGGUUCCACGGAAAGAAAACACAUGAGCGCCUCCACAACAGCAAGGCCCUGUGGAUGGGCAGCCUGAGCAGGUCUUGGGCGCGGCCUGGGCGGGGCCGGCCUCCAGCAGGGAACUCACCUGGGACCUCUGGAGUAGGAAGCGGCCCAGCCUGCAGGUCAUGGCGAGGCCGCUGGGGGCGGGCGUGGGAUCCAUGCACCGGACCUCUGUGGCUGAGGAAGGCUGUGCACGAGAGCGAGGGGCCGGGAAUGUCCCCGCCAGGCCGGGGGGCGUCCUUGCCUCCUCCCUCCCUCGCACGGGGAGCCGCGCGGCUGGCCCCCGCCUGGGCUCACCUGCUGGAUUCUCUUCAGCCGGAGGUUGGAGGGAUGCGUCAGAAGCAUCCUGGUCCCGUACGACUGCUCCCCGGUGUUGGCGAGCUGCACGCUCAGGGUCACUUCCUUGGUGGCGCCCACCACGGCUUGCCCCCUGCACAGGACGCACACGGAGGUGGCCGCUGUCCGGCCAGCCGGGCCCCGCGUGGGGCCCCGCCUCCCCCUCCGCCCAGCCGCCUCCAAUAAAAUGGAAGUUCUUCCAGGUCAA